AUGGAUAAUAUAUUGUAUGAUCUAUACAAAUCAUGCUGCAAUUUCAAGACUAUACAUAAUAUAAAUGCUUUUGUAAAAAAUAACCAAGACAAACUAAAUAACGAAGAGCUAAAAAUACUUACUGAAAAUAAGUACUUAUCUCAUUCAAUUUCAAUUAUAGCAGCUUUAAGUAUCCAAUCUGCUUUUUACAAGCUUAGGAGAUUAAAACUUUUUCUUUAUAGGAAAACGAUACCCCAUGUUUGUGGAUUAUUAUCUUCAUGUUUCUACUUAUACUUACAUAAUUUAUAUAUAAGCCGAAAUAAUAUUAGUAAACUAAUAAUCUUGGCAGAAAAAGAUAUGUAUAAUGCAGGAAUCGGGCAGACUAUUAAAGAAAUGUAUAAAGAGCAAGACGAAGAUGACUAUUUACUUCUAAGGAACAAAAAAUUUUAA